UUGAAGUGAGCUACAAAGAUAAGUUGAACGAUCUGACAAUGCCGCGCUGCACGGCACAUUGCAUUAUGCCAUCGCGGUUUGAGGCCAAUAGAAAAUCGAAUGCCGGUCACAUGACUACUAGAGCAGUUCACAGUCGUCAAGUUGGGUUGUUUAUUUUAAGCAUCAGCAUCUUUGAUUCGGAACUGUGCGUCCGGUUAUUGUUUCUCUAAGGUAGUGUCGUAUACCUAUCUUACCGAUCGGGAUCGCGGGUGUUUCACUUGAAAAUCCACAAUUUACGAUUUAAUAGUUUUCCGACAUUUUUAUUCGCAAAAAAAAAUGUAACUGUAGUGAUUAAUUGAAUUUUGUAAGAUGUGUGUAGUAUGUAAGUGAAAAAUGAAGACCUCUUGAGCCGGUGGAGAGUGGUUAAUGUGUAUCGUGUUUCUAUAACAAUUUUACGUAAUGUUGGGAGUUCUUAAACGUCGUUGGAAACCUAAAAGGUCCAGCGCUGGUUCAAGAAUUCCCGGAGGCGAAAAUGCUGCUCUCGAUGGCUACGACAGAGAUAAACCACAAUUACGACCGCACCAGGUUCAUCCUGUUCUCGAUUCAAGGCAAACGAUUAUAUGUUACGAAAAAUCACCUGUUGCGAUUUCCGAUCGACCUCCGUCGCCGCAACCUCAAAAUUCGUGCUACCCUCUAGCGCCGAACAUUUGUGUAGAGGCGGGUCGUAUUCAAUUCAUCCGUCAGGAGGUAGAGGACGCUCCCGUACCCGUGCCGCCGCCUCCUGAUCACGUAACAACCGCGGCGCCGGCGACACAACAAUCUCCAAACACUGGAGCGAGGAUAACUGUCACUAGAGGGUUACAAACAGACGAACAGGAAGGAGAUUCGCAAACCUUCCGAGAGAUACAAGCAUUUCUCGAAAAUCGAAUAGUGGAAGUUGAAUCAGCACUCGAAACUUCUCAAAGAAACGAAUUAAGAGACAAACAGACCAUCAACAAGCUCACCAAACAACUUAAUAGGGUAUAUGCAAUUAAAAGGAGUUGUUUAAUAUUGAGAGAAUCAGCUCAGAGGGAUGCUGACCGCGAACGUCGUCUUCGUGCUGAUAGCGAGACCAGAGCGAAGCAGGCACUUCAAGAAGCUGCCCGCUGUAGGUCUAGGCUUAAGCUUCUCACGUCCGAAUUCCAAAGAAUGGAAGACACAGUUCGAGCAAUGUUGGCGUACAAAAAACACGCAGAGCAACUUAGACAAGAAAAAGCAGCUCUAACUUUAGCUUUUGAGAACCGUUGCCAACAAUAUCAAAGUACGAUAAGCCGUUUGAAUACGGAAAUAGCCACGUUGCGACAACAACUUGAGCAAGCGGGCAGAGACAAUAAUCCCGAAGGAAUUUUGCAAGCGCACGCUGCAGCUUUACAUAGACAAGCAGAAGAAUCCAGGAAACAAUACGAAAGAUGUUUGGACGAUGUCGCCAACCAGGUGGUUAGGGCAUUAUUAACGCAAAAAGGUUUAAGGGAAGAAGUUAAUUGUUUAAAUACAAAAAUACACGAUUUGGAAACACAAAAUCAAGCGUUAGCCUCUAUGUUAGUCCACCAACUACGUAGCGAUAGUCCAGAAACCGCGGACUUGGAAGCUCUCUCCAAACAAUGCUUCUUAGAUCAAUCAAGACAAUGCUUCUUUGAAGACAGAAAACAAAGAAUCAGUAGCGAUAGCUCCGUUGAAGGUACUUCGCCGAUGUCCCUUAUGCCAAACAGUUUCAACGUCAAACAUUGUAAUUCUUUUAAUUCAGAAGUUUUAGAAGAAAGUCCUACUGAUAAUUGUGAUAAGGAUUCAACGACUAAUAACGAUAAAAGGUUGUCUGCCGAUACAGCUAAUAUUUUUGAUACCCGAUUCUCAUUAGAAGAUAAAAAACGUCAUCAAAUCCUCACUAAACUCUGGACCGAACUUAAGGGUACCGAAGUAACACCGAAACGACUUUUAGAAGCCCUAAGUGCAGUAGAUUCAGCUUUGUGGGUACCGCCGAAACGACCCGUUUCCCUUAAUCUACAUCUACCGAUAUUACAAUCUACAAAAUAUCGAAGAUCUAGACCCAUCCUAGCCCAAUCGACAUCGAAAAGUGAAGAAGAAACAACAGGAAACGAAUCCCCUGAAAGUGGGAAUCGAGAUGAAGGUUAUUCUACUAUGUCUUCUGAUGUCCAAGCUGAUGUGACAAGAGGUUCCGGAGACGCGACAUUACCGAGAAGAGGAUUAGAAGAUUUGAAAGAAGCUAGUGACGAAACCGACGUAUCCGAUAACAGAUUAUUAGUUAGCGAUAACAAAGAUCCCGAUAUACUCUACAUUCCGUUGAAUUUGCUGAAUCUCAAUCAGAGGAAUAGUUACCCGCCUAGUAAAGACAUGCUGCCAUUUCAACAUAUAAUGCGGAGUUUUUCAGAUUCACACUUGUGUAUUAAAAUAACCACCGCACCAACUCCUUGUUAUUCGUUCAGUUCGCCCAUUUCUAGUAGUCCUUCUAUUUUUUUAGUUGAUAUAACAGAAAAGUCGAUGAAUCCGUUGAGAAGGACUAGAGGAACCAGUACUUUAUGGGCAGGCAAUUCGAACAACUUGGAGAUCUGUGCCGAAGAAAAUAAAUCACCGUUGUCUUGGUCAAGCGGAGCGGAGGAUCGUUUGGAAUGUACCGCUUGGGAUGCGGAAUACAUUCAACAUUGGUUAAAACUGGACGAAACUCGUUCUACAUUACAACAACACCAUCGAGAUAUGCUAGAACUAGAAUACGAUCGCGCAGAAUUAGAAGAUUGGAGUUUGAGUUUAUCCAACGACGAUUUAAGGGAACAAUGGAAGAAGAGCGACGUAACUACUCCCGGACAGAUUUCCGUAUCAACUUUACCCAGUAUACAAGAAAAUAACGCUUUGGAAUUGGAAGAAGAUUCGAAUGAAUGUCUUUGGAACAAUUCCAGUUACAUGAUGGAUAAAGAAGGUAGGGAAUUGAUGACACUUCUAAUGGACGGUCCUAACGGCGAGAAACAUUGGCCUUACGCUAUUUCUAACGGGAUACCGCAACAACAAAUUUCCCCAGAUAAUAGUUGGUCCAGCGGAGCUUCCGAUUGUUGUAAUUCCCACGAACCUGAAACUUGUUCUAAAAGAUCAUCAGUAGCUAGCAGUGAUACGGGGGAAUUACCUAAUAUAGGAACUGAUUUUACCAGGGAUUUUUAUAGAUUGGUGAAAUUCGAAAGUACUAAAAGCCUCGCAUCGACGUCGUCACGAAGCUUAGGAGGAGCUUUAAGUGAAAACGGGGAUAAUCGUGAAGCUACUUUACAAAACGUUCUGACUUUCAUUGCGGAACAACAAAAAUACGUCCAUUACAGAGAACCUACUACAAGACCUUGUUCUGUUAACGAAACGACGAAAGAGUUUAACGUCGAAGCCCCUCUACGACAUGAAGAUAUUGAUAACAGUGUGACUAAAAGCGAAUCUAAAUCUAGUGAUAACGAGAAUUACGUCACAUUAAAACAACUUUGCGAGGAAUACUGUUUAAAGGAAAAGGAAAAAGAAGAAAAUGUAAAAGAUAAUAAAAAAGUAAUCGAAGAAAACUUGAAACACGCUAACGAAGUAUGUCUAGUGACUCCCAUAGAUCAGGAAAGUGAAAACUGUUCCAAUAUAAGCGUACACCCUGUAGACAUUUGCAGUAGUGAAAUAACCACCGCCACAGAUUACCAAAGUAGCGUAUUAAAAGACAAAGAAAAAAGUGAUAGUUUGAUUAGUGAUUUAACGAAAUCUAGUGAUACGACUUUUAGUGAUAUUUCUACAAACAAUUGUGAAUCUUUGACUUCCAGUGUUAGUACUCCGGAUACGAUCGUUUCGAAAAUACCGAGAAGAAGAAGAACUGUUUCUAAAAUACCAGUUAGUCCUGCGAAAGUGAUAACUGUGAAUAAUAAUAAGAAUAAAGAAAAGGAUACGAAAAUACCAAAGAGUAAAAUACCACAUAAGAGCAAUAAACCAAAACAAAAGAAACCGAUUCACGUCCAACAACAAAACAAUUCACCUCAACACAUCGUCACAUCGGAAAAACUACCUCAAAGCGCGUCCGGUGUAUUGAGUCAUAUAAUCGAAGGUCCUCCUCAUCGGGCGGUAAGUUUUCACGAAAGAGCCACCUCGAAAGAUGUCAUCGACGAAUUAAACAGGAUGAUCAAGAGCGGUGAUGAGACGGUGGCUAAUCAAGAUGGGAGUGAAGGAACUAAUAGCAAAUUGGAUCAAGCUUGCCGACCGACUGGUUGGAUUCAUGUUGAAAAGGAUAUCGACUUGGCCGAUCCUAAGGCUAGAGCUAAUUUACUAGACGUAAUGAUGGCUUCAGUAUCGAGCGAUUCUUCUCCGACGUCUUCGUGCGGAGGUAGCGUAGCUAGUGAUUCGACGGAAGAUCCUCCGGAUUACGGACAUUUACAUAAAAUUCAUAAAUAUCAUCGACAGAAAAAAGCUUCCACUUCGGCACCAUGCACCCCAAUGACGGAGACUACAGUGUGAAAAAAUGCUUGUAGCCAACGCCACCAGGCCCGAAUUAGCCGUCGUCAGAGCUGGUGUGCCCAUUUACAGACCAACAAUUAUUGGUAGAUCGGAUUUUUUUGUUCGAUACGGCACCAAAGAGAGAGAAGCAGUCGCGUCGUUCGAUUUUUUGGAUGAAUUGAGUGCGACGAGCUGUUCAAUCGAAGAUACUCCCGAAGAAGGAAUUCACGAAGUUAAAGAAGACGUAGAACGCGUGAUUACUUAACGAGUUUGAUUUUAUAAAUAAGAAAAAUUGAUCCAAUCUCGCUUUUUUGAAUUAUUGGUUUUGGUACGUUCCAUCCCAUCCAAUCCGAACGCUACAAGAACUCGUUUAUCGUGUUCUUGUAAUGGCGCCAAAUUCAUUAAUGGGUCAUUCUUUGUUUGAUACUUUGUAGAACUAUUUUUUCUCUGAAAACAACUCGAUUUCUUACUGUUGGUAUACGAGGGUAAUUACUUAAGUUUUGGUUGAGGUACCUCCAAAACAUGUGAUUUGAACGCAUCAACCGCUUCUUCAGAUGUACAAAGACGUUGGCCUCGUAAUUUAUUUUUGAUCUGCGAGAAUAAUAAGAAAUCGUUGGGUUGAACUGCUAUGUGUGAGCUCGUAUUGUCGUGGUUGAGAAUUAUUCGUCUUCUGCGAUUGGUUUCAUUGAUUUUGUCGAACACUUCUGGCAAACAAAUGCUGGUGUACCAAUCGGAAUUGACCAUUCUACAUUGCGACAGUGGCGACAAGUCCAGUUAUUCUGAAAAAACUGGCCACAAUUUGCUUCGAAGUGCUUCGUGUGCAAACAACUCUUGUUGGAUUUGUCUCGUUUUUUUCUGAGCGAUUGUCAAAUUAUGGGUUAUCCAACGCGAACAAAUCUUUUCGAGAGCGAAAUGUUCGUGGACUAUUGAAUGUAUGCGAGUGGAACUAAUAUACAAGUAUGCCUCAAUCUCGCGAUAUGUCACAUGAUUAACUUGCAAUACCAGUUUACGCACAGCAUCGAUGUUUUUCUUGAAAAACAGCCGAUUUUGGACGUCCUUCGCAUAAUCCAUGUUGUGAAGUGCGACCAGCGAAACACGGUGGUAGGAGAUGGUUCUUCAUCACCAAAAGUCGACACGACUUGAUUGCACACUGCUGUUGAUUUAAUCCACGUUGUAAGUCAUAGAAAAUCUUCAAGAUUUAAUUAUAUUUGUUGAUCAAGAUGAAUAUUUCACGUAACUCAAAUAACAAUCGUUUGAAACACGUUCUAAGUAGUUCGCCAUUAAAAAUGUCAAACUUUAUGAUGGUAAUGUUGCCAUUUCUCAAAACUUGAGUACAACCCUCGUAUAAAUGUGAUCUUUUUUUUUUAUUUGGAAUCAAUUUUUAUUCAUGGAAAAAGUUGCCAAACUAUUUACGAUUAUUUGUUAACUUAUUAACCAUAAUUACAGUGAUGUACGUAUUAGGAAAGUUUCAUAAAUCGAAUUUUUUAAAUGAAACUUUUUUGUUUAAAAUCAAAAAAUAUAUCAACAGAGUUGAAUUCUACAUAUACCAACAAGUUAUUAAUUUUUAUCCUGUAUUUGUUGUAAAAUCAUAUAAAUAAUAGCGAGGUUGCAUCAUUCCAAUUUUGAUUUAUUUAUGAAUUGAUAAGGAACCGGAUUUUUUUUUUAUUAUUUCAAAAUCAAUUUUAUUUUCAAACGCUUGCCAAUUCAAUUGGAUAAUAAUAUAUGUAUAUUAGGCCAGGAACCAGCGGUAAAAAACGUUAAAACUGUGGAAUAUUUUUAAUCAACGUCGAUUUUCAUGAAAAUUUGGUUUUAAACUCUACUCACCCCUUUAUUCAAAAUCUACCCUGUGUCGAUUGUAGCAUAUAUUUGAGUAAAAUAAAGUUUGAAUGAAUUAUUCGUAGAUUUGUUGAUGUUCUCAAACAAGUUUAUGAUAUUAAUCGUACUCAUGCAACCACUCCAAAUAAAAUUCUCUGAGGUUAGUAAUAUUGACAGGUUUUUCUCGAUUUUCAUGAAAAUUUUAAUUCAAGCUCUACUUACCCUCUUCUACGAAGUCUUCUCUAUGCCGAACCGGGCUAUUUAUAUUUUGGGGGUGUAAACUACCCAUUAUUUAAAAAACAUUUAAAAUCUCAGAUUUUAUGCAUGUUUCGGGUAAAAUGAAGUAAAUUAGUUGACAUUCUCAGACACGUUUAUGAUAAAUCAGAUUCAUGAUUCAUGCAACACCUCAAAAUCAUCCCCUAAUCAUAUGAAAAGUUGAAAAAUAAUCUCAACGAUGGUUUUAUAAUUAAAAAUUAUUCAAAAGUGUAUUUAUAUCGAAUUGAAAAUAUUUCGUCAGUACUUUUAAGAAGUGUUGCUUUUUAAAUAUUUCAACCCUUAUGAAACCCACCUUCAAUAACCAAAAUUUUUCUACCGAAAUAAUAAAAAAAUGAAAAUUUUUUAAAAUCAAUGAAAUUUUUUAUUUAGAAAAUAAUAUAAAAAACAAUUUUGAUUUAUCAUAUUUCAUCAAUAUCUUCUCUUCUCGUUCGGGCCUGCUGUGGCUCGAUUAUAUAUGCUACACGUUUUUCUUUUUCCAAUGCUGUAAUAUCGUGCUCUGAAAUUUUGAAAAAAAAAGUAGUUGGUUUUUCGACAAUAACUCAAUAGCUGACUUUUCAAGCUAGAAACUGUUUUAAAAAAGGAUUUUGUAGGGGAGUUCAAGCACUUCAUUGUCAUUUCAGUUAAAACUUUUUUCAACGCCCGGUUUCGAAAAGGGUACAGGGGUUUGGUUGGUACGCGAAUGCAAACUUUGAAUAAUGUAUAUCGUUCAAUUUUCAUGAUACAUAAAUUUAAAAAGGCUCAAAAUUUUUGGUAAGAAAAACUCUAAAAUUAAUACUCGUAUUUAAUACAUUUUGUCAUAAUAUGAAUAGGUUUUGGUUUAUUUGAGAAAAAUUCAUUUUUUUUCAAGAUUACGGAAAUGCAGUGGUCAAUUUAAUCAAUUAUUUUUUCUUAAAUAAGCAUUCAAAACCGAUCAAAUCACAUGGAUCAUAUCAAUAAUACAUAAAUAAAGUUUUCAAUAUCGAGGUUCUCCAAAAAUAGCCACCCUUCAACGAGCAAUAACUCAGUUUUUAUUGAAUUUACAGAGGUCCUUUAGAAAUGAAUCUCUUUGUUUUUCUAUUAACUACAAGAUAUUCAUGAAAAACGUUAAAAAAUAUGCGUUUUCUUAAUGAAAAAUGAGCCAACAAAGUUUUCAAUUUCGAGGUUCUCCAAAAAUAGCCAUCCUUCAACGAGCAAUAACUCAGUUUUUAUUGAAUUUACAGAGGUCCUUUAGAAAUGGAUCUCUUUGUUUUGUUAUUAACUACAAGAUAUACAUGAAAAACAUUAAAAUGAAUGAAAAAUGAGCCAACUUAAGAAAAAAAACCUUGUAGAGAAAAGUUGCUUGGAAUUAGUCAAUCUAUCGACCUACGAAAUUAUUUUGAUGAAAUAAAUUCUCAUCUCUAAGCUAGAGUGGCUUUCACCCCCAGGGGAAAAGCAUCCUUCUGCACAGGGUAGAUUUUGAAGGUUAUGAUUGAUUAUCAAAAUUCCACGGGAAAUCGACUGGUACCUGACCUAUGUAGCUUAAUAAUAAUAAAAAUAUUAUUUUAUUUCUUGUACUGAUUGUAAAUUUUGUAAUUUGUAAUGCAUGUAACUAUUAUUAUUUAUUUAUAUAUCUAUUAAUAUUGGUACCGUCUAUUUCAACAAAAAAACCUACUUAAACGUCCUAUCUAAUAUCUACAGGGUGUCGAUUGUAUAUUAAAUUUAUUUAUACCUAAUAAAAUUGAAAAGGAAAACGAAUUUAUUUUGCAAAUAUAAUACAAGAAAACAUUUUCCUCAUCAAAUUUUUAUUUUCUAGUCUAUUUUUCCUUCCUUAAAAGCUCGUUUUGUUACUCCUGUGAUUGCAAAAUUAUUUGUUAUUUUAACACUGUACAUUUUUAUAGUCUUAUAUUAUGUGAGUCUCUUAAUUUUCAAGAAAGUUUUCUGUUAUAUCAAAAUAUUGAAAGUUUUGGUAACCCCCUGCUGCUAAAUUUCUAUCAUAUGCCUAAGACUAACAUCUGUUUUGAAAAUAUUGUUUAUAACUUGUUUAUAACCAGUACAAAGUUGGUUAUAUUGAUACUGAAUACAAAGUUCACUAACCACUACAACAAUUUUCGCAAAAAUACUUUAAAAAUCAACAUAAUCUUCUAUAAUACCAAAAUUUUUAUUAAUAACAUUUUUACUGUUAAAUUUUGAGCACAAAAUAUCCAAUCUAAAUUACAGGGUGUUUUGUUUAAAAGAAUUAUAAACUAUUAGUUCCCUAGUUCUAUUUGAAGUUUCGAUAUUCUACUUGAACUUCUGGGGAAAAGCAGUGGCUAAAUCCAAGACAAGAAUGGGAGUAAGACACAAAAUAUCUCAAGUGGACAAAAAAAAAGAAGAAGAGGAAGACCACGACGACGCUGGAGAGAAGGCGUAGAUAAGGAAUUGUAGGAGAAAGAACGAACUAAAUAUCGGUUAGAGAUUGGGAGACGUUGGAAAACGUUGUAAAUCGAUAUGUAUAUACGAGGUUUAUCCGAAAAAUACGUAUAGAACUUCAUUUUCACAAUUAUACGAUUACGUUUAGUUGCCGUUUAGUUUCUCCCUUGAUGGCCUCCACAUUUCCAAAGUGCCGCUUUCGAUGCGCUAUUUUGCAUUUCUGGAACAAAAAGAAGUCACAAGGGGCUAAAUCGGGUGAUCUGACAGUAUUAUCGAGAGUCUUGUCGUGUUGAAAGACCUACCUGCUUCCUUGUGCCAAAUCCGUUCUAACUUUGGCUACACGAGCUCUGGGACGUCUCAAUCCUUCAAGGCAAAAAUUUCCGUUCAUUUUUAGCCGUUCCCCUGCAAUCAAAGAAAAAAAUCAACUUUUCCUUCACUUUGGACCUUGAUUUUCAUUCCUUGCUUUGAGAUUUGAGCUACACAUCGAAUUCGUAAAAUCAGGAGUCGUCUCCGGUAAUGACUUGAUUAAGAAAGUCGUUUUUUUUAUCUGCUUCCAACCAAGUUUCAAAACAUUAAAACCUUUUUGCUUUCUGUUCUGGUGUCAAGAGCUUCGAAGCUUCAGAGAGAAGCUCUUAAUCUGCACAAGCCCGAAUCCGUUUUCAUCAGAACUCGAUGUCGCCGGGCGUCCUGGACCCUCAUUUCUCGGUUUUUCAGAACCUUUAUAACCUCUUGUUAACGGUUGGUUCCUUCAGAGAAUUGUCUACGUAGAUUUGUUGCAAACACUAAAAAAUCUCAUUUUUUGUUGAUGCGUUGUUUCUCGACCACAGAGAGGUCCAUGUAGGCGGCAGGUGAAGAAAAGUAAGUUUCAACAAACUACCGUUCAGUCCUAUUUAAACGCAGAGCGUUUUGACUCGAGCGUUGAUGAGAAUGGUUACAGCAGCAGUGCAUAUUGUGAAAGAAAGUUAUUAUUCAACUUUUAUACGUAUUUUCCGAACAAACCUCGUAUUUGUACUUCAUUUUCAAGUGAUGUUUCUUACUCCACCAACGGUCUCUGAAGACGAUAAAUUUGUAUUCGAAACACGCAUCAAAUACAAUAAUAGCGUAGUGAAUGUUGGUAAACACUGUAUUCAGGUUUUUUUUAAAUUUAUGUAUUUUUUUCUUGUGUAUAUGUACAUUUAUAUAAUCUCAAUUAGGAGAGAAUAUUUGUAAAUUAUUUAUUAUCAAAAAAUUAUCAUCAAAGACAAAUAAUAGAUAUUGUUCCGUUAGAAUUAGAUCGAGCUUAGUUUGAUAAGACUGUAAAUAUAUUUUUCUUCUCUUAUCGAAAACGAAAAUAUUUCGUAUAGUGAUUAGUGGAGUCGAUAAACAAGUUUUAUAUGAACUAGUUUUUUUAUAAUAUUGCCCAUCAUCAUAUUUCAAUUAAUAUAAUCUGCUUCAAUUUAAUUCAGAUAAUGAAACUCAUCGUUGUUUAUCAUAUAAUGAAACAAAAAUUUUGAUAAUUAUGCCAAGGGCCUGGUUGAUGGAAAAAGUUUUUAAUGAAAAUUAUAAGAAAUUUCAUUCUCUACAAAUUCAGUUACCACCAUUUUUUAUUUAUCAUGAACCGUUAACUAUAUAUUUAGCAAAAACCAUAUAGUGAAAAGUUUGGAGCACUAUAAUUAAAAACCUAUGCGUUAUACAAAAAAAACUUCCAAAUAAAAAAGAUGGCAAAAAUUAUUAUUCAUAAAAAUGAUUUCCACUAUUUUUGUCGUACGAUGCGCGGUUCGCUAGAUAUUCGAUAAAACGUGGAUUUACAUUCAGGGGGAACCCCUGAACAUAUUUCAAAAAAUCCAUUCUCUAGAAUUUGCAUUAUGAACCCGCCAAUAUCUUUGUUUCAUUUUAUUCAUUUUUAUAACAAAUAAUUUACUACAAAUUUGUCUCAAACUACAAUGUGGCUCUCAAAUGAUAUUUUUUCAAUCUUCUUUGUUUUAAAAUUGAAAAAUCGAUCUAACAUCAAAGUACAUACAAUGCUUAAUAAUUAGGAGCCGAUUUAUUUUAUUAUUUAUAUUUUAAAAAAUAAAUUCUUUAUUUUCCCAUCAACGUUAUGGAAAAACUAUUUCAAAUAUAACCUUUUCUAUGUACUUCUAAAUGUCUCCACUAACUGAAUUUAUUCAUGGAAAUCAAACGAAUUAUUAGUGGUACAGUGUAUGUACAAUGUGAUAUAAAAAUAUUAGAAAGUUUUUCUAGUUUUAAUAAUAAUUUUAUUUAAAAGUGUAGGUAACUUCGUAAAUACCAACUAGAUAACAAAGUGUUGAUAAUACAGGUGAAAUAGCUUCUACGAAUAAUUGGGUACAAAAUUAUGGUUUUCAAACCCCAAAAAAGAAAAUGGUAGUCACUACAAUCAAAUAUAUUUACGAAAUUAUUCCGUACUUAUAUUAAAAAAAAAUCUUUCAUUUUCUACGCAGUAGUAACUUUUAUUUAUUUAAAUCUUCUAAUUGUGUCUUACUUACAAUUUGUAUUCGCAAUAUGGGAAAUGAAAGUUUGUCUAUUUCAACUAUUUAUAUAUAUAUAUAUAUAUCGAAUCAACCUAUUUACAUUCUCAUUUUGGAAGGUGACAUUUUAGAAGAUUAAAUUCGGUUUUUAAAUAUAUUAGAAAUCUUUUUCGUAUAAUAAAUGCAUUUACAAACAAAAUUUCAUAGUUACUUCACUUUUUUUUUUAUUUACAAGGAUAGUACCAAGCCCAACAAAGAAAACACAAAAAAUUUUUCAAGUCUGGAAACAGAAAAUAAUCCGUGAGGGCUAAAUAUGGCUAAUAGAGUGCGUAAGAUAGCAAUUCAAAUUUUUAUUCAUUUAUUUUUGGCCAUUGGAAUAGCGGAUGUGUGAGCUGGCGCAUUGUCUUGUUGAAACAACACUUUCUUCUUAGCCAAAUGCGGCGCAUACCAAACAAACAACGCCAUGACCUUGCCUGCAGAUGGAACGGUCUUUGCCUUGCAUGUUCAACAACGUGGCUUCCUCAAACUUGAAUCAUAUGCUGUAUAAGUUGUGUACUUUCUAAUACAGUGGUAUUAGAAAACUAAACUACUCGCCCCGUUGUUUGGACAUUAAAUUAACCGAAAAUCUAACCGCGCCGCAGGAAAAUGUCCAUAGGUGUUAAAUCGGAAGGCCAACUUAUGAGAUCUUUCUUGGUUAUCGAUUUACCAGGAAAAAUUUCACUAAUUCGUUGUAGAGUUCUAUUGGAACGUAUGUGGAGUUGCUUCUUCUUGCUGGAACAAUAUUCUUUGGUUAUAACCUGUUGCAGUUCAGACACGAAGAAGUCUUUUCAUUAUAACUGUGCAUCAAUAAUUCCUCGCACCGACAUCUCACCUUAUACAGUCAUUUUACGUCAUUAGGGGUUUCUAAUAUUUGUAUUUUGAAUUGGUUACGCUCCAGUAACGACAAUUUUUGUUAUUUGGGUCUUUUAAGGUGGAAAUGAGCUUCAACCGAAAAUAAGAUGUGGGUAAACGUUGGAAACCGUUUAAUCAUCUAGUUUAUAUAGUAAAGCUUCUGACCAGCAUCAUGGGGCUGCUUCAAUUCUUGCACCAACUAAAUGUUGUAAUCAAAUCUUUGUGUAAAAAUGCAAAAUAAUGAUGAUCUAUGCACAUUUAAAUUAACAGCGUGAUUCCGAAUGGAUGUCAGGCUGGUCUACGUUUUCUACCGUUCUAAAAGAUCUUGGACGCCCGGAUUUUGAUUAAUCCAGUAUUGAUCUAGUCUCUCCAAACUUCUCGACUCUUUUAAUAAUUAGCGCAUCAUUUAAAUGACGUAUUUUCUACAAUGUUUGUAAAAAUCACGAUGACACAGCGCCUAAAUUCUCAAAAGCCUUGGAAUAGCUGCGUUCACGCAAUAAGUUUCUUUUGAGACACCUUAUAUUUAUUGCUAAAUUGUCUUGAUAUCAGAUCUCUUUUGAUAGAAAAUUAGUAACAACAGGUAAAAAAAAUUGUCGUUUCGACCUAAUGGAUUAACGCAAGAUAAUUUAGCAACAAAUAAACAUAAAAGAGUCUAAGAAACGAAAAUCUAGUGAAGAGAAUAGAAUAAUUAAAAUUAAAAUACAAUAUGAUGUUUCUCAGCUUCUUUCAAACCUCAACACCCUUUUUAUCACUAGUACAAUUACCUGUACCAUAUUGUUUUAAAAUAUAAUUAAAAUACCUUUUGCUAUAAUACACUGAAAAAAAUAAAAUAAAUAAAACUUACCUUUCUAUUCUUAUAUCUUAUAUCGUAAUUAUAUUCUUCAUCCCACGUGUUUAAAUAUGGUUUGAUUCGAUAUAAAAGAUCUUGUAUAUCUUAUUUAGACCAUUGAUAGAAUUUUUAACGAAUUUUCUCGAUGAUAUAACUAACUGUACAUUAAAAUUUCAAUGGUUUAGUAGUCAAUCGCGUAACAUAUUUUAGACUACUCAUAUAACGAUGUCUAUAAUUGAACUGUGUGUAGAGUGAUGUAUUUUUAUAUAGGGUACUUAUAUAUUAUAUAUAUUUAGUACAAAACUAGACUUUAAAUAAACACAGUACAUAUUUA